AUGUCUCAGAAUACGACAGAGACGUCAUCGAACAACAGCUUGGAUACCGCAGACAUCAUCUGCCUGAUUGUAUUCUUCACACAAGCCUUUAUCGUCGUUCUUGCCAACCUCCUGACCAUCAUCACCUUCACCAUCAACAGACAUCUACGUAAGCGAAGUAUGUACUGUGUAAUUAACUUGGCUGUAGCGGACAUGCUGGUAGGCCUUGGGUCCUUAGCCGUUAAUUUUGUUAUUGCUCGGAUAUACGGGUUUAAGGUACUUGCAAAAGAAAAUGCUGCUCAAAGUGAUAGUCCUGCUGUGAAAAUCCAAUUUCAUGUGUACACGAUGACUUGCAAUGCUACCAUGUUGUCCAUAGCUCUUGUGGCGUUAGAGCGCAUGUCAGCAAUUAUGUGGCCAUUGCGUCAUCGUCAGUGCAGUCUUCGGGUGUACGCUCUAUCGAUAGCAUUUACGUGGUUAGCUUCUAUUCUAAUCGCCAUAAAGGGUGUAUUCUCAUUCGACGACAGUUCGAAGGAAUAUCUUGGCGGGAUAUGGAUUAUCUCGGUGUUUUCUGUGACAUGUGCUUCGUAUAUUGCAAUCUUUUGCAAAACCAGAUCAAGUCAACAACGCAGCCAACUGCACACAAGCCCCCAGUGGUCAAGCCAAGAUUACAGGCUGGUGAAGACAUCUUUCUUAGUGACCGUUACGUCGUUUGCUACUUGGAUUCCAUUAGCAUUAUUGUUCAUCAUUAACGAUGCAAAUCAAGUCACUAUUUCACCUUAUAUCAUCUUAUUCUUCGUGGUAUUGUUUGUAGCCAGUUCUUUCAUCAACCCUAUAAUUUAUGUCUUCCGAUUGAGGCAUUUCAGAGUGGCUCUAUUUACAUUAAUAUUGCAUUGCUCUCCCGAUCAACCAGCCAAAAGGAUAAGACCAGUGGGUCCAGCACCAGCUACCUAGGGAUCAUAGACCUUGGUGAGGCCACACAUCAUAGACCUUGGUGAGGCCACACUUCAUAGACCUUG